AUGUCAUGUCAAACGUGUUCGUCAGAACUUCCACCCCAUCUCUUCCGUCAAGCAUUCAUCACUCCUUGUUGUUCAUCUCCGAUAUGUAACGGAUGUAUCUCCCGUAAUCCUAGAUUAAAAGAAUAUAUACCAUGUUUGAGAUGUGGUGAUCCGCGCACUGUAGAACUAAAAGGGGCAGCUUGUAGGAUAGGUAAAGAAAGACCGAUUGUGAAUGACAACGGCUCAUCAAAUAGGAUUAAUCAGAGAGAAAGUGAAAUCAUAGGAGGAACAGGUGAAGUAGUAUUCGAAGUUGGAGAGGAUGAAGAAGAAGAAGAAGAAGAAGAAGAAGAAGGAGAGCUGCCUCCUAAUUACGAAGAUAUACAUCCUUCCCAAAGUAAAGAAAUUCAAGUGGUAGAGACAACCCAUCAAAUACAGCCGGACAGGGAAGGACACAUUUCACGAGAAGGAGUUGAGAAUAUACAUGGACACGUUGAUGAAGAUGUAGAUGAGGAUGAUGAAGCAUUGGAGACAGUAGAAAUCACUCAUCAAAUACAAAGAGGAGAUACAUUAUUAUCGAUAGCCAGGAAAUACGCUACAGACCCGCACGACCUUUUGACUCUUAAUUCGCUUCCACCAUCAGCACUUUCAACUCAUCCACGCAUACUUCACACCCGAAAAUCAAUCAUAAUCAAUCGGCGACAAAUACCCCUAUCAAAAUUACCGUUAUCGCAGCGGUUGAACCCUAUAACAGCAGAAGAUGAAGAUGAAAAGGAAAAUCAAAAGGACAAGGAAGAAAGAGAAAAACAAAAACAGUUGAAAAGAUUUCAACUUUUAACUAAAAACACUGAUGACCAAAUCGCCAAUACCUAUUUAUCUCUUUCUGAAUUAGAUGAAAAUAAAGAUAUCUCACAUUUCACUGGAAGUGGCGAGACUUUAGAUGGAAAGAAAAUGAUUAUCGAUAAAUCCAAUAGAGAAGAAAGAGCUCUGGAAUCUUUCUUCGAAGAUGACGAAUGGGAAAAACAAGUUAAAUUGGAUAAAAGGAAACAAGGUAAAUGGAAGAUCAUCGGAAAUGGAAGUGCAAGUGCAAGUGGAUCAUCUUUAAAGGCUAAAGGAUGA